CCGCCAAGAGCAUGGCGCAUGGAUCCAACCUGAAACCCGCGCCUCUUCCUUACAUCUUCGGCACUGGAUAACGUGGGAACGAACCUUUUGAACACAGCACUAUCUUGGGGCGAGAGCUUUCGUGCUGCGCUAGUGAAGCGGCACAGUCGAGGCAGUGCUCAGAACGAUAUGGAUGCCGCAUGUCUGCUGGCCGAAACAGCACCGAACAGAAAGUGGCAGAACAGACACGCACUGCCGAUUGAGAUCUAGUCCACCUUUUUUCGGUCCACUUUGGCCACCACGAAAGAUCGACCUGUAGCAAGUCUGUCUUCCAAAGAACACAAAGCGCCAGGAAUAUCAGCAGAGAGCUAUCGACUCGAUUUGCCGCGUCCUAGCAACUAAAUUGAAAUCCACUGUCAAAACAUGAAGCUGCUCUCAACGACGAGAAUUUCACUUCUGCUCGCAUUCUUUGUCAGCCUGCCGCAACCAAGCUUGAGUCGCGCCAUCCUUUCGACUUCUGUCGCUCUUAAAAACGAUGGCUCCUUGUACGAGCAGUAUUCGCCAGAGAGAGUUUCGCAAAGAUCUGCCAUCAAGAUUCUCUUGACCUCGACCGAUGUGGAGCCAACUCCACUCGUGCAUCGAGCUCUACCACGACCUGGUGGAAGGCCACCAGCAUCACUUGAGCCUCCGCAUCCUCCUCCAAUGCCAGCAAGACCUCCGCCUGGAACCCCUCCAAGACCUUCUGCAGGAGUCACGAACAGACCUCCAGGUGUUGCUGGCCCUGCUGAUGAGCCUGGAGCUGCUGCACCACCUCCUGCUAUAGACCAAACAGUGCCGGACACCCCGGAACCACCCAAGAGCACUAGUAGUCCAUUAGACUGGGGGAACAUUGUGUCUACGGGAGCUGGUGUCGGCGGAAACAAUGACCCAAAGGACGAUGAUACGGACUCUGCCUGUACCAAACAGCCAUCGACGACAGAAUCGCAGGCACCAUUCUUGUCCAAGUUGUGGCAGUUCUUUCAGCACAUCAGGAUUGCGACGUUUCUCUGGAGUUCAGAUGAGAUGACGCCCCAGCCAACACAAGUACCGAACAGGAACUGCACGUUUUGACAGUGGAGAACCUCGGAGCGAUUCAAGUCAUUAGGAUGUCGGUUGCAGCCUCAGUGAAGCGCAG